AAUGCAAACAAUAUGGAAGAAUGUAAAAAAAGAUUGAAAGUAAAGUUCAUAUUAUAAUAUUUGCAGAAUAAAAUGAAUUCCUAUUUAGGUUCAAUUUUCAUAGCCACAUUCGCGAAGAUUUUAUUUUGCAUAAAGAUCCGCAGUCUAUUUAUGAUCUUAGAUUGUUUGCUUUUAGCCAUCUAUCUUUAUAACACGUUCAAAUAACAAAUUUCUAACAAAAUAACACGAGCUCUUAAAAGCUCCCUUUACGUAUCGAGCGAGUUUAAAAACGUUAAGCGUUGAAGAUUGAUCUAAUUCUUCGACCGUGUUAGAGUGAAACCAUGUUCCUGGAUAUCCUCGAUUUUCUACAAUUCUCGAACCGUAUUGAACCACGGUACAAGGGGGUUGUCUGUGCGAAUAUUUAUCUGGUUUUUGGAAAAUUGUAGCGCUGUGGUAGGCGCGUGCAGAGAAUAUUAUGCGGGGGAUGUCGUAAAGGAUCCUGACGGGAAGGAGGAUCCGAGGGGAACGGCGGUGGUUGCGUCCGUAUCGCCCCCACCAGGCGCGUCGCGACGUCCAGGGACGCCGUCGACGUCGAGACGCUGUGUGUGAAUUCACCUUCAACGUCGCCGCCGUCUCAGUUACCAACAGAUCGCGCGACCGUUCACAUCGGGCUCUUUGUGAAGUGAGUCAGGCCGAGGGGGACGGAGAAGAAGACGAAUCUUAUGCGAGAAAGGGAAACAGUAAACCGCCAUACAUGCACGAGGGGGAGAGGAGAAGGAUAGAAGCACCGCCUGGCGAAGGGAGAAAGCGCGCUAAUCGAGAGUGAGAGAGAGAGAGAGAGAGGGUGGUAGAAAGGGUGAGAGUCGUCGCGUACGUAUGAGAAAGAAAAGAAGGACGGAAGACUAAUGGAAAGAAGGGAAAAAGUGAGAAGGAGAGGAAGAAAAGGAUAGAAGGGAGAAGCGCGUUGAACGAGGGAAAGAUCCUGUGCGAGCAAGGGAGAGAAUUGCUGUGUAUGCAUGAGAAGGAGAAGGAGGGAAGAAUAGAAAGCAUAAGUGGAAGGAAGGGAAAGACCGCGUCAAGUCGGAAAGUGGGAAAGAGAAUCCCAUGCGAGAAAGGGAGCGAGGUGGCCGCCGCGCACCCAUGAGGACGAGAGGGAGAAGGACAGAAGCGCGUUGAGCUAGAAAGAGAAAGAGUUGGCGCGUUAAGUGAGUGCAAGGAGGAAGGAGCGUGCGCGUUAAGCGGGAGCGCGAGGGAGAGGAAGCAAGCCCAUCGAGUGGGAGCGCGAGAGAGAGGGAAAGUAACAAAGAAAGGCUCCCUUGCCGAGGGUCGAUUCCGAUCGACGAACCGUCGGUCCCCCUUCGUUAGUCUUCGGUGUGCCUCGUGCGGCACGAGCGUGCACGACACGAUCAGUCACGUAGCAGCGGCCGAGCCGUACGGAACAAAGAAGGGAAGGAAGAGAGUGCAGAGAGAACAAAAGGAAGCGUGCGUCUACGAGCCGGUUGAGAAGAAAGGAAGCGUCCCUGUAGAGGAAUAUUUCAUUCGCAUAAGUUCGUACUUGUGGAAAUCGGGGAGGGGAGAACUUCCCGUUUCCCAACUGGAAUCUACUCGAUUUGUACAUAGUGUCCGUUAAAAUUUUGUGCAGUGUGAAAGGGCACGUUGCACCGUAGUUGCUUUUUGGGAUCCAGAGGUGUGCGUGAGUGUGUGUGUGUGCUAUCCGAGGUGCUUCAGUGCCGCGAAGAGAAGAUUCCAAGUUUCCGUGAGGACCUGAGGAGGAUUUUUCGGUGCGUGCGCGCGCGACGCGCCGGUAACCUAACCUAACUGCGAGGAAUGAACGCGCAACGAUAAUUGUACGCGUUGGAAAAGCCAUCUUUACGUGCGUGUUGCUUUCGAAGUGCUAGUGAACAUCCAGAGUACAGUAAAGUCGAGACAAGGACAUAAAGGUGACUGGACGUGACAAUUUCCGAUACCGUGGCUGGCGUACGAAGCCUUUUUGUGACAUGUGCCACAGGAACAACGUUUGAAAACCAGAAGAUUACUUUAACCAGCCAGUGCUCUCCCGUUCGACUACCUAAGGAUUAUCCUCGUGUUUACGGGAUGCCGGUUGACUGAAGAUGGCCUCGCCGACACUCUCGCUGGAAUCGCGCGCGAAUUCCAUCGGGUCCCUGGCCUCGCUGUCCCCGCUCACUGUGAGCGGCAGUUCUCCGCCCGCUAGCGACUCGGCAAUCUGCGACGUCGACAGCUGCGACCUCUGUCUCGACCAACAGAAACCUGGAGAGGCGCCCUGCCCGCGGUGUCGCUUAACCGCCGUCGGCGUUCGCUGUACCGGCUGCAAGUCAACCGAGUCCGACGCUGUAGCACGUUGCUUCGACUGCGCCAAUUUCCUUUGUCCGAACUGCGUGAUGGCGCACCAGUUUAUGCACUGCUUCGAGGGCCACCGCGUCCUCAACCUGAGCGACUCCAAGCUGGAGACGUUGACCAACUCGGGGGCCACUGAGAUCGGCAAGAACACCCUGGUGAUGAACGGAGGGAACGGAAACAGCGAGAAGGUACCCUUCUGUCGUCGACACAAGCAGGAGCUAUUAAAGUACUUUUGCCGCACCUGCACCGUAUUGGUCUGCAAGGAAUGCACCAUCACGGACCAUUCCGGCCCGAUGCACGACUGCGCGCAUAUAUCAGAGGUGGGCAGCCAGCAGCUCGAAGCUAUAGCGAGGGUGGUCCAGGAAUGCAGAGCCAAAGCAGCGGACGUCAGGGCAGCCGUGAAAGCGGCGGACCACGGUGCGGCGCGUUUGCAGGUGCAGUACCACAAAGCGCAAAACGAGAUCAACGACACCUUCCAGUUCUACAGAUCCAUGCUGGAGGAACGCAAGCAGGAGCUGCUGAAGGAGUUGGAGUCUGUCUUCUCCACCAAACAGAUAUCUCUGGGCGUUCUCACGCAGAAGGCCAACGAGAUGGCCGAUAGAAUGCUCCAGACUUGCGAGUGCGUCGAACGGUUGACCAAAUUCACCACCGUUACCGAAGUGUUGAUGGUUAAGAAGAUUCUCGACUCCAAGCUCCAGUUGCUGCUCAAUUACACACCGGAUGUGGGUAACCAAACCGUGGAUCUCGAGUUUGUCAGCAACUACCAAGCCAUCCAAGUGGGCGUGAGGAACACGUUCGGCUACGUGCGAAGCAACAACGAGAACAAUGCUGGACCGAUUGGGAAACAACCGCCCAUCGCAAGACCAACCGCGCUCUCCAGCAACGGUAACAACGGAAGCAACGCCACCAACGGACCUGGCAGCGCUGGAUCCCUGGGUGGUCUCCUGCUGGAUCGACCUUACAGCAACGGACUGAUAUCCUCCAGCUCGAACUGCACCUCGUCCACCUCGCCGUCCUCGUUCGACACCAACAACAGCGUCAUCACCAAACGCUUCAGCUCCGCUAAUAGUUUAGGCCCGUUCUCGACGACCAUCAGCGACCUCAACCUGAACGGCAUAAACGCAAACCCUUACGAGAAGUGGAGCAACGGUGGCAACGACGCCUACCCCGUGGUCACCACGAACGACCACUUCUCCAUGCCAGCGUCGGUAGUCGUCGCUGCGAACGCAGCCUCCGGCGACUCCGUCCUCGACCUGACCUCCAAGCUCAUGUCCGCCGCAGCCAUAUUCCCGCCCAAGUCGCAGAUCAAGCGACAGAAGAUGAUCUACCAUUGCAAGUUCGGGGAAUUCGGCGUGAUGGAGGGCCAGUUCACGGAGCCAUCCGGCGUGGCGGUGAACGCGCAGAACGACAUCAUAGUGGCCGACACGAACAACCAUCGCAUUCAGAUAUUCGACAAAGAGGGCAGGUUCAAGUUCCAGUUCGGAGAGUGCGGGAAACGGGACGGACAGCUGCUCUACCCCAACAGAGUCGCCGUGGUGAAGACCUCGGGCGACAUAAUCGUCACGGAGCGCUCGCCCACUCACCAGAUCCAGAUCUACAAUCAGUACGGCCAGUUCGUGCGCAAGUUCGGGGCGAACAUCCUCCAGCAUCCGCGCGGCGUGACGGUCGACUCGAAGGGACGCAUCGUCGUGGUCGAGUGCAAAGUGAUGCGAGUGAUCAUCUUUGAUCAGGCGGGCAACGUCCUUCAGAAGUUCGGAUGCUCGAAGCACCUGGAGUUCCCGAACGGCGUGGUGGUGAACGACAAGCAGGAGAUCUUCAUCAGCGACAAUCGUGCCCACUGCGUGAAGGUGUUCAACUACGAGGGCGCCUACCUGCGUCAGAUUGGCGGCGAGGGGAUCACGAACUACCCGAUCGGAGUGGGGAUAAACGCCGUAGGGGAGAUACUGAUAGCAGACAAUCACAAUAACUUCAACCUGACCAUCUUCACUCAAGACGGACAGCUGGUCUCUGCCCUGGAGAGUAAGGUGAAGCACGCCCAGUGCUUCGACGUCGCCUUGAUGGACGACGGUUCGGUCGUCCUGGCCAGCAAGGACUACCGACUCUACAUCUAUCGCUACGUACAAGUACCACCGAUCGGCAUGUAGAGAAGCGACGCGCCACGACGCCGACGAUGAUCUCGGAUCGUUAUCGUUGUUUCUGAGGCCUGGAUCUCAUCGACCUUUUUUUACUUACAAUUGCCUAUCUUCUUCUUCGCCCACUACCACUGCUCGUGCUCACUUCGCCUAUCAACCUUCACCUCACUCCCGUUUACCGAGAAACCAAACGCAAGCGCACGCGAGCGAGUACACGCUGAUCGAGUCGUCCAAGUUCGAGGUGACCCGUCCGACGAAACACGUGGCUUCCGUGCGGGGACUCAUUCGGGUGUCCGAACUCGUUUCAUUUUUACGCCUAGAUUCAGAAACGGACGUUGCCGAACGAACGCUUUUAAACGAAAUUUUAACGCUCGUCUCGGUCUUGGCGGCGCCUACGCGCACGCGUGCGAUACGCUCCUGAGAAUAGAAUGAAAGGCGACCUCGGAACCACGCCCACUUUGGCGCGCGCGUCCCUCGCGCACGCGCCAGACAGGGGGGACCCGCCCACUUGGUCGCGUGCGCAGCGUCCUCGCGCACGCGCGAGUCAUGGAAAGACACACGUGUAAGCGCGUAUACGCGGAAAACUUACUUGUUAAUGUUGUUAUAACUGAAAAUACUGUUGUUGUUGUUUAGUUGUAGAGCUCGCCGCCGCUAGUCACUCCGCCCCCCUUUCCCCUAUUACUUUUCCUUCUUCCGUAAACCUAUCGUAUCCUCCAAAUCCCCCACCCUCGUCCUUUUCGGCAUCUUUUUCGAUCAGAAAUCGCGAGGGGCGUUUCUCUCAAGGCACCUCGAAUCGUAUCACGUUUUCUACACGCAUCUAUCUCGAUCGCCGAUCCUUCCAACACGGUUUUGGGACUUGGACUCGAAGACGUUGCGCUUCGUUUCACCCUCGAUGGCUCGCGGGGAACGUUGCGCGACAGUUCGUCGCUCUCUCUUCCUCUCACGCGCGCAGUAGGAAAAAUAGCAAAGUACUCGAUCGACGUUUGGUACCUUGAAUAAUCACCCACAGAUGGCAUUGACAAUCGAUAUCAAUCGUGUCCUGGUUCACUGGAAACCUUACGCGCACAAACACCCUUCGCUUCUGACCUUCGAAAGGACUCUCAGAACUUUUAGUUGAAAAUCCUCAUCCCUCCUCAUCUCUCGAGUGUUUGUUCCCUUAUUUUUAGGUGGUUAAGCAGAUAUUCUUUUAUAUUUAUACACGGACACGAGUUUUGUUUUGUUUCCAGACUCGCUUAAACGUCAUUUUACAAUGACAACAAGUCCAAGCACUCAUUUCAUCUUCUUUUUCAUUUUUUGUUUUCCUUCCUUGUUUACGGACAUUUUUUUUCUUUUUUUCUUUCUUUUUUUUUUAUCCUCCGCAGAUGCUUGUUUUUGUUUCUUUGUGAACGUAGAGCGUGCGUAAAAUUUGUGUUUUGCUCUCUUGACUGAAGAAGCAUUUCCAGGGGGAACGUUCCUUCCCCUAGUUCUUCUAUUAAUUUCAUACUUUUGAACCGUAGUUUUUUUUUUUUUGUGUUUACGUAGCGAGUAGUCGUAGUGAGUUUUAGCAAUGACACCGAGGUUGUUUCUGCUCUCUCCAUUCCUCUCCGUGCCGUUUCGUUGCGCGCUGGACUUUCCCCGUCGCGCAUGCGCGUGGGAUUCCCCUCGGACCACUGGCGCCACCUACUCCCUAUUCAGUGUCCCUAAUCGAUCUUACCCGACGCUUCCCACCUCCUCCGAAACUCAUUCUCUGUUUAGUGUGACCAGUAAAAAUGAUUUGCGAUAGUGUUCUCCUGAAUUGGAAUGUAUAGUAUUAAUAUAUUUUGUUGGAUGAGUCGACAACAACAGAAGCCUCGCCUAGGGGGCUCUGCGACCCGAACUCAUGCAUGUUUACUAUUACAAUAUUAUUAUUAUUUUUUAUUAUUAUUAUUAUUAUUAUUAUUAUUAUUAUUAUCAACAACAUUAUUAAUAAUAUUAUUGUACGUAUGUAUUAUUAUUGUAUUAUUACGAUUUUUUUAUUUUUAUCUAUUCAUUAUUUAAAUGCUGUGUUACGAGUUUUUGUAGGCAUACCUCUCGGAUGCAACACACCUAACCGUCGUUAGGCUAGCUGGCGUGUUAAGUUCCUCGAUGUAGAAUGGGAGAACUCACCUAUUGCUGGCAUCUUGGGAAAUUGUGUAGAAAAAUUAAUAAAUUGAGAUUCCUUUUGCGUCGCCCCGAAGUUUUGGAUAGUUCUUCGGGAUCCAUCCACAAUUUCUGGGCUACCUGAGCGGUGGCGAUGAAACAUUUGUACAUUUUCGAUUCAAGGACUUCAGUUAUUUAACGCUUUGAACAUAAUUAUUUUCUUUCUCGUAUUUAACACACUUUAUAGCGCUAGUUUGGUAAUUUUAAACUGGAAUUCGAAUUUCGAGAAUUUCGAGAAUUUCAUGAAUUCGAGAACGAAACACUCUGGACGCCAUGUUUCAAUGUGUCAUGGCGUCGACCGCAGAGCGCCAAUCUGUCAUGGCGUCGACACUUGUUCGAUUUAAGUAAUUCCAACCUCUAGAUGAUUCACUGGAGUGUUACAAUAUCGAUCUCGAUGUUUAAACCAUUGUUCGUUUAUUAGAAGCUCGAGAAUAAAGUGUAAAAAAUUGUUAGACGUACAUGUUCUUUGAUAUCAAGAAAGCACGAUCGCCCCAAGAGAAAAGCAAAGUGAAAACUGCCCUCGAGAAGAGAUCCUCGUUAAUUCGUCGCAAUGGCGUCGCUCGUUGUUAUCUUUAUCGAGGUGCUUGCUCGCUCUUACCAAUUACUUCGACGCCAGGUGUCUGUCGUGCACGUUUGCAGUAUUCUAGCCAGUUUUCAAGCGUGUUUGAAGAAAGUACGAAAGAGAUUGAGAAAACGGAUCGCCAGUCAAAGCCAGGGAUUGAAAACAGUGUAAAAUAUUGAAAACAUACCUGUUAUGGAAAUUCAGGAAGAACGUAUCGAUUCCUAUGAUCGAUGUCCUACUGGAAAACGAAAUUGUUAAAAGUGUCUUAUACCCUUCUAAAAUAAUACACGUAUCUUCAUAAUAAUAAACUUUUUCUGAAUUUAUAAAUUUCAAUUCUGUGCUUGCCAAUGACUUACAAGCUUUCUAUUUUUUUUUUUUUAAUCAUUUUAAUAAAUGUUUGCGGAUCGCAGAUACUUAGAAUCUUACGAUAGAGAAAUAAGUUUCGGCAUAUCUUUUUUAAUUUCUCUUUCCAGAAACACAUCCUUCCGACAGCUCUUUCGAAUCACUGCGUAAACAAAUUACAACAAGUUUAUAAAUAAUUUAUGGAUUUAUGAAUUGUGUAGAGAUUUUUUAUACGUUUUUUAUAAGUAAGUAGACUCGUACAUUUUUUAUACGUUUUUUAUAAGACAUACACAUCAAUUUGUAAAUCAUUUAUAAAUUGUUUAUAAAUUUUUUUUGCUUCUCUCCUUUCUUUUUUCAUUUUGAAACUUCGUGAAUAGAGCGUGUAUUCUUUGAGUAAGAUUUGUCUUCGAAGAGCUGUCGAAAUGCUUAGAAUACACUUUCUGGAAAGAGAAAUUUCCCAAAUUUUUAUAAACAUAUAAAUUCGUUCACUUAGAAAUAAUAAUACACUUUUAAUAAUUUACGUAAAGACUCAUGACUUUUAUACCGUCGUAUAAAUUACACAGCCAAUUGGAAUCGUAAUCGGAAUCUACGUUAUCAUUUCUCCGUAAUUAUUCCAAAUAGCAAAAUCAAUUUCAAACAAAUAUAUUCAAGCUCUGGUUUAAUAGCACAUUUGUUGAAUCACGCUAACCGAAAGACGAUAUUUAAUAUUACCAUUUAGUUCCUAUAUAUGAAAGUUAUUUUGUUCUUAAUUUCUGCGAUUCGGAGCUUUUUGUUGUUGAAUGAAAAAGAAAAAGAAAAGAAAAACGUCAAACACCUCUGGAAACGAUGAAUUAUGGUUGUUUUAUUCCAUUAUCGAGAUCGCUGUACGACGUCCAUUAGUAUUUAAAUCACGUAUGCCUGUGUUGAUUCGUAGUUAAUCUUAAUAUUAUUACUCUUAUUAUUAUUAUUAUUAUUAUUAUUAUUUUUUAUUAGUUAUUAUUAAUUAUUAGUUAUUGUAUUACUAUUAUUACGUUUACGACCAUUCAAUACCCAGGAAAGAAACAUAUGUGGAAACGAGAAAGGUUGAACAAGAGAUAAUGCCACCUUGCCAGCUAGCCGUCACUACCACCCUUUUGUUUGUUUAUAUAUUUUUCUUGGUCGUUUCGAUCAAGAUCAAUGCCAAUUGAUCUCUAUUUGAGAGAAGCGCUGAACAAAAGGAGAGACACGAAAAAAAAAGAAAAUAAGAAAGGAAACUACUUUGAAAAAAUGCAUUAUUCCCAAAGUGAGAAACGAAGUCUACGCCUUUGUGUACGUACGGGUGUAUGUGUGUGCCUGUGUGUAUGCUUGAGUGCGCGCGCGCGCGUUUUCUGUUUGCACCUCCACUCCCCCAUUGCAUCCAGAAAAAAAAGUAAUUGCAUAAACGCGAAACACAUGAAGAAAGCGACUCUCUCGUAUUAUUAUUAUUAUUUUUUCUUUUUUUUUUUUGUACUGGUUUGUUAUGUUAUUAUUUUUAGACGAUACACAACCCAAUUGUUCUUAAUUUAAAUUGUAAAUCGUAUUUUUGUUUGUUUUUUUAGUUAUAUUUUGUUGUAAAAUGCUUUUUAAUAAUAUUUUCAGUUCACAUUACACCGA